AUCUGACCGGAAUCCUUGGUGCCACCGACGACCGUCGGAUCGACCGUGCAUGUCGAGCAGCAUGAGCGGGCGGUCGCACCGCACGGUGUAUGUGGGCAACCUGCCCGGCGACACGCGCGAGAGCGAAGUCGAGGACCUUUUCGCCAAGUACGGCAAGAUCCUCGAUAUUGAGCUCAAGCUUCCGCCCCGGCCCCCCGGCUUCGCGUUCGUGGAGUUCGCGGACCCCCGGGACGCGGAGGACGCCAUCCGCGGGCGCGACGGGUACGACUUUGACGGCAACCGCCUGCGCGUGGAGCUCGCGCACGGUGGCCGCGGAGCAGGGGGCGGGUUCGGGGGGGGGCGGGGGGGGGACUUCCAGCGCGGACCGUCGCGGCGAACAGAGUACCGCGUCAUUGUGAAGAAUCUCCCCACCUCCGCUUCCUGGCAAGAUCUCAAGGACCACAUGCGGCGGGCGGGCGACGUGUGCUUCGCGCAGGUCUUCAAGGAGAGGGACGGCAUGAUGGGCAUAGUGGACUACAGCAACGAGGAGGACAUGAAAUAUGCGAUCCGCAAGCUAGAUGACUCCGAGUUCAAAAACCCCUUCUCCCGCGGCGUCUACAUUCGUGUGCGUGAGGAGAGCAAGACGGGUCGCGACCGCAGCCGGUCACCUCGUCGUCGCGAGCGGUCUCGUUCCCGUUCGCGCUCGCGCUCCCGCUCUGCCUCGGGUUCGCGCUCGCGAUCUCGCUCCAAGUCCAAAUCGCGCUCGCGCUCGCCUAAGAAGAGUGGUUCCAAGUCGCCCUCUCGCUCGCGCUCUCGAUCCAAGUCUCCCGCCAAGUCCCCCGAGCGUGCUCGCUCCCCUGCUGGCAGUGAUGGGAAGGCAGCAUCGGACGACCUCGGAGGCGGUGGAUUACGGCACAAUGCGGUGGGGCCAUACAGAAACAUGGAUGGGGCCGAGACGGCCUAUUCCGUGAGCAUGGGCCACGUGUUCUGCCUCUUGUGCGUGCUCCGUGCCAUGUGCCGCUGCCAUGCUUACUCCCUACCCGCUUCUCCAUCUUCCCCUUCCUCACUCCUCCCCACUUCCCUUCCCACCUCUCCCCCGCCCCCUAACCCGUUCAGCAUGGCGCACGUGUUCUGCCUCUGCUGCGUGCACCGUGCCCUGCCGCCCUACAGCCCCAAUUGCCCCUUCCCCCACUCCUCCCCCCCCCCUCUCUCCCCCACUUCCCCUUCCCCUCUCAGCGUGCGGGCAGGUGUUCUGCUUUUGCUGCGUGCACCGUGGCAGGGCAGAGGGGCGACAGAGGGCAGAGGGGCGACGAAGGGCAGAGGGGCGACAGAGGGCAGUGGGGCGGCAGAGGGCAGAGGGGCGGCAGAGGGCAGUGGGGUGGCAGAGGGCAGUGGGGCGGCAGAGGGCAGUGGGGCGGCAGAGGGCAGUGGGGCGGCAGAGGGCAGUGGGGCGGCAGAGGGCAGUGGGGCAGCAGAGGGCAGUGGAGCGGCAGAGGGCAGUGGGGCAGCAGAGGGCAGUGGAGCGGCAGAGGGCAGUGGGGCGGCAGUCUGGGCUUCCAGUGGCAGUGGUGGGCGGCUGUCUGUAACACGUGUGGCGGUGGGGGGCGGCUGUAACUCGUGUGGCGGUGGGGGGCGGCUGUAA